AUGUACGAGGCCGGGCGCGACACGCGCGCCACCAACCCUGACGAAUUUCUCGAGCCGACGCGCUAUGUGCGAUUGCCAAUAUUGCGCGUCCCGGAUUUCCAUGUGCCAUUUCCAGGUCAAAAGUAUCCACUCCGCUUCCGUCUCGAUUCGCAACGAGCCUCGGCCCAGACCGUCGGCUACGCCUUCGAAAAGGCAAUCUACUUGGGGCUGAUCCCGGCUUCAUCCCCGGCCCCUCAGCCAACCCCAUCUGGGCAGCCGGCAGCCGAGAUAGAAGUAUACAGCAAUGACGGGACGUACUGCGUGGCGACCGCCGUCACUGAGCAUCGCCUUCAAGUGCUUGGCGUUGCUGAGUCGGUGAUCCCGGAAUCUCCAUCAAUCGAAAUCGCCGAAGCCGUCAUCUUGCCAGACCACACGCUACGUCCGCUUGCCCUGGCCACCGUGCCCAACUCGUGGACUCGUUUUUCAGCGGAUACGCGACGUCAUCUCGGCGAGAAAUGGUCGGGCUACCCUCGAUGGCUGACCAACGGGUUUUCGACUGAAGCCAACAUUGGCCGUCUGAAGCGACUUCUCGACAUUUGGUUCUCAAGAGACUCGUCUGCACUUCACGAUUUUGAGGUGCAAGCUGAGGAUCCUGUGCAAUUCUCCUACACGGCCGUCUCGUGUCUUCCGAUGAUUCCGGACGUUCGAAGGAGGCUUCUGGAAACGGACUCGGUCGACGACCGGAUUGCCACAAUGUCCAUGUCAUAUAAUCAGGAAAUGGUGCUAAAAUGCGGAUACCCGGGCUGCGAUAUGACCCUCGCCAAUUUCGACGACAUCUUCUGCCCAAAGACCAAGGCCGGGCCCUACGUCAACACGCAUGGCUACAUGCAUCAGCUAAUCACAGCCCGGCGCCUCCAGAACUACAUCCCCAUCACCGAGCCGAACGCCGAGUUCUCGUGGUUUUCGGGGUACGCUUGGCAAAUUUUGGAGUGCGAAGACUGCGGGCGGCACAUUGGAUGGCGUUUUAGCGCCUCGGCACCCGACGCCGAGGGGAUGCCCGCCUUCUACGGGCUGUCGCGUGCUCAAGUGCGCCUCGUCGCCGUGCAGAGCGCUGACACGGAUCGGACCCGAGAA